GGCAGGCUGGCAUUGGCCAUUUGUGUGCCGCGAGCAACCGCAGACGCCGUGCGACGCAGUUACGCGACGCCUCUUGUGUAGCAUUUUCACUGCUGCCAAAAUCUUAAGCGCUCGGCACCGCUGUGGGGCAUUUUUUUGCGAGAGCACAUACAGCACUCUGCUGAGUACGAGCUUGUAAAAGCGCGGGCAUCAGUCGGAUUGCAGGAGCGCGAUCACACCAGGCUGCUACACAACGACAGCACAAAAAUGGCAGCACUACUAGAUUUCCGAGGCGAGCAGCAUCACUCAAUCAGCUGGGCGGACGCGCCAACGAUCACACCCAUCGAUGCAGAACCGCCAAGGCGCACGCGCUCGAGAACGCCGCCGCCGCGACGCGAACCGCGCCCGUCAAGGAAGUCGCGACGCCGAAAGGACCACGAGGCCGCACUGGCGGCGACGCUCAAAGCUCUCGGAGACGCCCUCGACGAGGCGGCCGACGAUGAGGUCGCCGAGCUGUACGAAAGACGGCCGUACCCGGAGCCGGAGACCGUCGAGACCUUCCUCGCCUGCCCGGCGCCGGCGCGGCGACGAACCAAGGCGCCGGGGCCCGAGACGCGCGCCAGCGAGGCGAUGCGGGGGUAUUUCCGCUGCGAGCGGGCGCUCCGCGGCGGUCUCAACGACGUGGCGACGCCCGCAUGCGAGCGGCGCCUGCUCGAGUGGCUCGGCGACGGGCGACGACCGCUCUCGCCGACGUCGAUGCUCGCCCAGAACGGGCUGAAGCUCGAGGCGCCCUACGGCUCGUCGGCGCGCGGCCGCCUCGUCGCGCACGCGUGCGCGCGCUUCCACGGCUGCCCCUCGAAAACGCUCGACGACGCGACGGUGUUGGUGGAGCGGCCGCUGUCACCUUCGCACGCGCUGCGCCAUGGCGCGACAAUAAUCGACGCCUUCACGUCGAGGGGGAGACGGCUCUAAUGUUUUCUGUG